GUAUAUAAUUAUACAUAAUUUGCGUGAUAUGUAAGAAGUUUAUGAAGAUGAAAAGAAAAAAGAGUUUAAGUCGAAACGAAUCUAGAUAUGCUUACAACAGUCCAUUGAAUGUUUUUAAAAAAAAAAGCUUGGUAGAAAAUAUAGCACGCAGAAGGAAUGAGAGGUUAUCUGUUGGAAUACGAAAAUUUAUUAAACAAAAUGCAGCAAACUCCUCUAAAAGAAAAUCUUUACGAAAUAGUAUAAUUGUCAUCAACGACAGUGAUAGUGAAAGAGAUGAUAGAAUUGAAGAUGUCUCGCUUAUUGAAUGUAGCUCAGGACCGGCCUCACCUUUUCAGCAAAAUGAAAAAUUGAAAACUACUGAACAAAACACAAAUGAAUCGUCCGCAAUACCAUCAGAGAAUGAUACAUCUGUGCUUUGUUUAACAGACACGCAGGAAUGUUUAAAUGAAGAAAAUAUAGCACCAUCACAAACAGAGGAUGAUGUGAUUAUGAUAUGGUCAUGUCUGAAUUCAUUAAAUGAGAAAAAAGACAAGAAAAAUAUAAAUAAAAAGAAGAAAAAUGUGAAUACAAAUAAGAAAGAUGCAAGCUGUAAUCCCGAUGAGACAAAUCCAAUGUUUGUGAUUGAUACAACACCUAAUUUAAAGUACCUUAAACUUUUGAGAGAUACACAUAAACAGAAAAGAAAAGUGAAACGAGAUAUAUCUUGCAAUAAAACUAUAGUCAAAUCGUUUUUCGAAUCCAUUAAACGGAAUACUUUGAAAUGUUCAAAUAACAGACAAAGAAAAAGACAUCAUGACAAUAACUCGAAUUCAACUUCCAAAAAAUUACGUUACAGCGACAAAUUGCAACGAGAAACAGAGGAAACUCAGAAAAAUUUAGAUAACAAUAGCGAAACAAAUUCAAAACCUAGAUUAAGAGAGAUAGUUGUUGAUGGUUGUAAUGUGGCGAUGAACCAUACACAAGGAAAAGAAUUCUCAGAAAAAGGUAUCCAAAUAGUGGUAAAUUAUUUUAAAGAGAGAGGUCAUGCUGUAAAAGUUUUCUUACCACAACACGUUCGUAGAAAGGAAUAUACAUUUCUUGAGGAAUUAUACAAAGAGGGCAUAGUCAUUUUUACACCUAGCCGCAAAAUUGGUGGUAGACAAAUUACAUCUUAUGACGAUCGAUUUAUUUUGAAAUAUGCGACAUCGUGUGGAGGGAUAGUGAUUUCUUCAGAUCAAUACAGAGAUUUGUAUAGAGAGAAACCGGAAUGGCGCAAUACUAUUCUGAACCGUUUACUAAUGCCCACCUUCGUUGGGGAUUACAUAAUGUUUCCGGAAGAUCCGUUAGGCAAGUUUGGACCUAAUCUCGAAAGAUUUUUACAAUAUUGAUGCAGUUAUGUUACCAUCACAAAUAUUAUUCCCAGGGAAUGGAGAGCAGGGCUCGGUACGCUUUACAACUUUCGGCCGAUUUUUGAAUCGGCUCCGCCUUCCACUGUUUCCCUCACCUCAUCACUCACGUGCAGUCCAAAUGCCGCACGACGGUCGAGGAACGAGCGAGCCCUGCUCUAGUAAUUUGAAUAUCAAGACUGUUUAAUGUCUUGUUACCAAUUGUGAAUCUUUUGUACUACAAUUUUAUUUCAAAUAUUUAUCUAUUCAUUUUCUUUAUAUGAACUGAAUAUAUGCUUUUUCAUAUG